AUGCUGGGGCUCCGUGUCCGCAUUGCAGAGCUUGCCAGUUAUCAGCCAGGAGUCCCCACGGGGGAUUCAGGCGCACGAAAUAGCAGUGCUGAUCUACAAACAAUAGUCGAUGAUGAGCCUCAGAACAUCGCCCUCGACCAAGCCGAUGCGAUUUCUUCGUCGUCGACUCUGCCCGACCUCUUCCUCUUGCCGCAACCAGCAAUUCAUGACCAACUUUCGGGCCAAGAGCGCGGUCCUUUAGGAUCUGUCGGAGUUAUAGGAUCGCUGUUAGAGGGUGCAGAUCCUCCUUUCGGUCGACUUUCUCAAGUUUCGUCGGCGGCGAACAACCCUUCCCUGCCUCAGGAUGACACGUACUCUGAGGGGCAGACCUUGGCUGACUCUUCAAAACUUCUGCUUCCCAGUGCGCAGAGUAGCCAAGAAAAAGUAAUGUGUUCCUGGCCCGGAUGCUCGAGGCUUAUCAAGAAGGAGAACCGCACUCGCCAUGUGAACGAGAUGCAUUGGCGGAAGGUUAAGGCUGUCUGCGCCGGCUGUGGAAAGGAAUUCGCGCGCCCGUAUAUGAAGAGGGACCAUAUCCGUCGGGCCAAAUGUAAAAGUUCCUAG